CAUAGACCACCACCCAUUUUAGAAGUCAGAAGCUGUCGAGUGAAAGAACGUGCUGAAAUAUACGCAUUUCAAAAGACUUUAACAUGCGAGAAAUUGUGCACAUCCAGGCUGGCCAAUGCGGAAAUCAGAUUGGCGCAAAGGUAAAAUUUCUUGUAAAAUAUAUAUUUUUCUUUUCCUCACGAAAUUCAUUCGACCGGUUGAUGGGAAUUUUGUGAUUGAAACCCAGUAUUUAUUUCCGGAUCGAUUUCAAGGUUAAACUCGCGCAGUUUUUUGUAAAUGCCGUUCCUAAUUUUGUUGUACAUAUUAUACAACAGCAACGGGUAUAUAAAUCUCGUCAUAAAUAAAUUUUUUGGUCGAUAGUAAGCCCAUAAAAUUUCAUACAGAAACUGACUUCAUAUGUAAAUUUCACCACAGAAAGUGAUUGGUUACUCUAUGACAUCUUUCACUGCAAGCAUACAUUUCCAAAUUCGAUACAAGUAAUUGUUCAUCUCAGACGAAUUUAUAAAAAUAACAAGAAUCGGGAAAAGCUCCUUUUUUUCUUUUUCAGUUGCCUCUUUCUUGACUGUUUAUCUCGCUACUAAAUUUUUUACCGUAUUGGCCGAGAUAGAUGCCUUUAUGUUUAUUUCAGUUUUACCACACCCAUAAAAUAUGUUCUUCGAAAAAAUAAUUAAUCAAUAAAAAUAUUUUUAUCAUACAGUCGAAAUUUCACAAUUUUUUUCCCCAUACUUUGAUUCAGUACUACUUCCAUAUUGUAAUUUUUCUUGCUGAGUACGUAAUUUUAAACCUGUUUGUUCUCACUCUCCAUUGAAAUAAGUUAUGUAUCUGAAGAAUAAAAGCAAAUAAUACUAAAUUUGAGGAUUUUGCGUACAUGUUUUAGUAAUGGUUGCGACAACCAAACGAAACUUUCAAUUUGAGCUAAUGUAUUAUUUUGCAUUUAAUCUUGCGUUCUAGAUUUGAGUACCACGAUUAACAAAAGACAAAACAUUACCAUAACUUCAUGUUUUAUUUUUCUUCAGCUGGAAUUGACAUUGUUGUUGAAGCCUUGAAAAUGAAAUGUUUCUUUUUAAAAUCAACAAACCAGCUUUGAUCUUGCAGGGCUCGCAUGAUAUCUUCCGUAAAUGACUCGCGCCGUAUAUUUUUCAGUUUUGGGAAGUGAUUUCCGAGGAGCAUGGAGUAGAUCCAACUGGAUCUUACAGCGGGGACUCGCAAACACAACUCGACAAAAUUGACGUUUACUACAACGACGCCACAGGUAAAAGUACCGGGAAAAAAACAUGAAGAAUUUAGAAUCUUUUCUAUAAAUGGGAGUAGAGAUUAUGUAGAAUUUCUUUAGUUAAAUCCCACCGCGCUGAAUGAAUUUUACCUAUAAUAACAAAUGAGAGUUUUGAAGGCUUCCGAAGUCUGAAUCCUUUCUUAUCUGCCUUAGAUCUGUUUCGAAUGAAAUUCUGAUUUUGUUCUCUUAUACAAUAUAAAUAAUAAUAAGUUGCCAAAGUUACUUCAGGAUUUUCUUUAUUUCAGCUUUCAAUUGUUCUCAAUCAUUUAUUUAUAGUCAUGUUUUAAAUCAAUUACCCCUGAAAAGAAAUUUUAAACGUCGGAAACUCAUUUACUUCUCAUUAAUUAUUUUCCAUCUUUUUCUUCAAUACAAGCGUGCAUAGCAUAGAUAUAUCUCCCUGAUUGAUUUCUCGGUCUAGUUCUUUUAUUACAUAUGCAAUUUUCGCUGAAUCUUUGAAACAAAGAAAUAUUACAUUCUGAAGCUUUUGUUUAUUUUAGAUGUGACAAAAAGACUCUUAAAGGUCGCUUUUUGUUCUCUUUAGAUUUAAAAUUUUAUACUGAUCCACGGCUAUGUUUGUUUUUAUCGAAAUCCCUUUAAAAGCCGAAACAUUCCCAAAUGAAUUUAUUUGGCAAACAUUUAACAUUUCAUCGAAAUGUCACUGGUCAGCUCUUAAUCAUAUCCUGUUUUCUUUGUCUAUUACUCUAAGCAUUCUAUCAUUAACACAGCAGGUGUCGGUCUUACAUCAAAACUUAUUCGCUUUUCAGGAGGGAAAUAUGUCCCUAGAGCGAUUCUCGUCGACUUGGAGCCCGGCACUAUGGAUUCUGUGCGGUCUGGAGUGUAUGGACAGCUUUUCCGACCUGACAAUUUCGUUUUCGGUACGGAUUUUGUUUUCUCUGAAAUUAUUUCGCCUUCUGUGAGGUCUUAUUUUUUAUUCAAAUUAUUUACAAGCCACCACAUGUAUCAUCUUUUAUUUAUUUAUACCAUUAAAUUGUUGUAAGUCGCCAAAGCUUAAAUGCGAAGAAAAAUGCGUUGUCGUACUGGAAGAGAUGAAAAUUAUUUUUUUUAUAUUUCUAAGUGAUGCUGUAAGUCAAAAUAUAAAUUCUCACUACGAUCGCUGUUUUUUCUUUGGAUGUUAUUUUGGAGAAUUUUCAAUCACGUUGGGUAAAUAAUUCAAGUGAUACAUUUAAGGACUUUAAGUUUUUGUUGUAGACGAAAUAAGCGAAAGUUUUUUGGUUGGGGGCAAAAUCGUCCAUGAAAGUUUUAUAACUUGAUGAGGAAAAAUGAGAUUCGAAAAAGCUUAAAUGAUGGCCACAAAGUCUAGUGGAGAAAAUUUCAUUUCUGAUUGUUUUUUUUCUUCUGUUUUUUGUUCAGUUUUGAUUUUGCCGUCGCUGCUAGUAUUUGUCGUCCUCGCUAGCUGUUUUAUUUAUUUUCUAAUUAUUUAGAAGAGUUAUUUAAAACUUGGUCCCAUUCUUCCGUAGGUCAAAGUGGCGCGGGAAACAACUGGGCCAAGGGUCAUUACACAGAGGGAGCCGAGCUAGUGGAUUCAGUUUUGGACGUGGUCCGUAAGGAGACUGAAAGCUGCGACUGCCUUCAGGGCUUUCAGCUGACUCACUCACUAGGAGGGGGAACUGGGUCGGGCAUGGGUACAUUGCUCGUAUCUAAGAUCCGCGAGGAGUACCCGGACAGGAUCAUGAACUCGUUCAGCGUUGUACCCUCUCCAAAGGUACGCGUAGGAAGUGUAUUAUUUUCGCGCACGCCAUUUUUUUUUCCCUUCCAUUUUUUUUCUCAUCCCACUGAUUGAAAACCUUGAUCAGAGUGCUAAAUACUUGAGUGGCUGGACUUCUACCCUUGUUUAUGCUCAGUGACCAUUAUAUUUGGUCGGGCGGUUGUCUCUAUAUGCGCAAGAUCGACGUAACACCAUCAACAACCGAUGAAAUGGUAAAAAAAAAAAAAAACCAAACGAAAGCGUAACCACCGGUCAAAAUUUAAUAGUAACAGGGUGCCCUUCUAUGAUCGACAACCUUAUAUAAAACUUCUUUAGAUGAACUAUACAGACAACUGGAAAACUAGAUUAAUUUUGUUGAAUGCGAACAUUCAAGACAGCUCCUUGUUUUUAGUUCUUCCAAACGCCAUAGUCUCAAUUUGAACCAAAGUUUAUUGAGAUACAGCUAACAACAAAGGCUACAGCGAUUCCUAAUCUAUGAUCACAGAUAUCUUGGACGUGUUGAACUGAAGACAUGACCUUUUAGCGUGUCGAUCUUUCACAGUUUUCUCUCGCAGAUCACGAACAAACCUGUGCGCAGGGGCUUAAGGGCACGAGAUAGUGGUACGCCUCUAGCUUUUUCUUAUCUUUACUUCCCUGUAAAUGGAAUCCUGGCGGCAGCCUCGGCGGGGAUUCCUUUGAUUUCACACCUUUGAGCUCCUAGUGAUUUUAUAUUCCCGAUCUCUCUGUGAUUUCAUACUCUUGGGAUUCUCUGUUUUAGUUUUUUCUUUAACACUCUUGGGCUUCCUGUGAUCUUACGCUAAUGACCCCCCCUGCGACUUCACACCAUGUUAUUUUUCAUUCCUACGCUCUAGUAAUCUCAACUUCUUUUAUCAGAAUUUCAUAUCUUAUCGUUUUCCCUUUACAGGUUUCGGACACAGUCGUGGAGCCUUAUAACGCUACACUGUCAGUGCAUCAACUCGUUGAAAACACCGAUGAAACUUACUGUAUCGAUAACGAGGCCCUGUAUGACAUCUGCUUUCGAACCCUCCGACUUGCCAAUCCUACAUACGGGGAUUUGAACCAUCUAGUGUCAGCAACAAUGAGCGGUGUAACAACGUGUCUGCGGUUUCCUGGACAGGUUGGUCAGCGUCACAGAUCCGAGUAUUUUGUUUUAAUGUUUCAAAUGUUGAUGGAGAAAGAUGUAACAGGAAACUUCUUGUACAUUUUCGAAUCUGACAGUGUUAAAGCAAAGAGAUUAAGUUCUUUUGUCCAAUCUAUGAAUGCAAAUUGGUAGAUUACAAAAUAAUCUACGGAAUUUUAUACGGUUCUACUUCGCCAAUUCUUCCUUUAAAUUUUAAGUUUUGCUUCCGUGGUCAUCUUAUUCGGCGCUUGUACUCCACUGAAGCAUUCCCGCACCACGGAUAAUACGUAAAGAAAAUUGUAAGCCUGGGACAAGGGAAAAAAAAAUCUGAGCCUCCCCUUCCAUCCCGACAGAAAUCGAACCCCGGAAAUUGACCAAUGUGUCCUGAUGCUCUACCAGUGAGCGACAGAGUUUUCGAUGGUGAGCUACAUCAGAUACUAGUAGCAUUAUUUCAAGUGGGCCAGUUUGCAGGGUUCCACUCUCUUGGCUUGAGCUUCUCUUGAUAUGGAGUAAUUCAAGUUUUUCGCAAUGCAUAUCACCGAUUAAUCAUUCAAGUUUUAAGUAAGUAAAAUUUCUAACCUUGCGCUCAUUUUAGUUGAAUGCUGACCUGAGGAAGCUGGCGGUCAACAUGGUCCCAUUCCCCCGCCUUCAUUUCUUCAUGCCAGGGUUUGCACCGCUGACCAGUCGCGGUUCACAGCAGUACCGUGCCCUUACUGUACCGGAACUGACCCAGCAGAUGUUUGAUAGCAAGAACAUGAUGGCUGCUUGUGAUCCCAGGCAUGGCCGUUAUCUCACCGUAGCAGCAGUGUUCCGAGGCAAGAUGUCCAUGAAGGAAGUGGAUGAACAAAUGUUGAACGUCCAGAACAAGAACAGGUUUGUGGUGGAGAGCCAUUGUUAUCGAGAAAUAGCUAUGCUAUUCCUUUUAUUUUCUCUCGUAUUUUUAUGAACACGUGUAAACAACAUUGUACAUUAAGGAACAGUCAUUAUGUUCAUCGCAUUUUUUUUUCCUUUUUUUUUUUGGAGGAGGGGGGUCGGAGGAUUUUUUAGGUCACGAUAAAACUUAAUUGAUUCCCCAAUAAGGCUUUUUAACCUCGUUACUAUCCCCCCUCAUCGGCAGUUAAUUUAACCCCCCCAUCCCCCCGUUUAUACUCUGUUGGCGACUACUGAUCCCCCUUUUGUUCUCCCUGAAAACCAUGUGAUCUCCCCAAAAAUUCACUGAACAUUCCCCCCCACGAUGGUAACUGGUCUCCAGUUCAUUCUCACAGUGCCUCUCUCCACCCCACAGGUGAAGAGUCAGGGGUUCUUAAAGACAUCCUAGGGGCGGGGUUAAAAGAGAUAGGGACUGCCUAAAAAGAUUAGAAUUUCGUUCGGGCUGAUAAGAUAUACCUCAAGACACUUCGUGCAAUUGAAGCUUUGGGAUAAGCUCCGGCAGAUAUGACUCAACUCUCCUUUGAUCCAAUUUGGGAGUAUCUGAUGGAAGAUAUUUUUUCUAUUCCUUGGUAUCUUUCUUCCUAGUUCAUACUUUGUUGAGUGGAUUCCGAACAACGUCAAGACUGCUGUUUGUGAUGUUCCUCCUCGCGGGCUCAAGAUGUCCUCCACGUUCAUUGGCAACAGUACUGCGAUCCAGGAGCUGUUUAAAAGAAUCGGAGAACAGUUCACUGCUAUGUUCAGGCGCAAAGCUUUCUUGCAUUGGUACACAGGAGAAGGGAUGGACGAGAUGGAAUUUACUGAGGUAAGAGGGAGGGGAGUGAAGUGGGGUUUGAGGCUUAGAAUUUCUUCUAGUAUGCCUCUAUGGUUUGGUUUCUUAGUGAAGAAUAUAAAGAGUUCACGAGUGGGCCGCUGCCAUAAAUGUAAAUAGUGUGUAAUUAAUCCGGAAUUGAAAGGAUGUUCUUUACUUCACUCUGUGAUCGGUAACGGAAUCUGGAACCUCGUGGUUAAUUAUGGUAGAGCACUUGACGUAUUUUACGAACCAGUGAAAAUAAUGGUGUAUCUGAAGUUAAUCCUGUUUAAGCAUAUCAAAGAGGAAAAAACAAAACAAACAAGAAAAAAUUUUCGGCAUCGACAUUUCUUUGUUAGCACGGAUGAGAUUUAUGCCAUUUAAUUUAUAAAAGCACAUAAAUGGCAUCGAGAAGUGAUUUCCUUGAAAUGUAGUUGUCGUUGGAAAUAUAAGUCGAGGUCAGACAUGUGCUUUAAAUAUUAAAAAUCCCACCGGAAGUGAUUGUGUGCAGAUGUGGCAGCCGUGAUCGUAUAGUGGUUAGUACAUUGCGUUGUGGCCGCAAUAACCCAGGUUCGAAUCCUGGUCACGGCACUCUCCGAAAUUUUUUUUUCUAUCUCCUAGUUUUUUUUCUUUCUUUUGUUUUAUUUUCUGUUUAUCUUUUAGAAUUGGUCUGUACAAUUUACGUUAGUUACUUACAAUCCGUUUUGCUAUUCGCUUUUAUCAUCCCGAAUCGUUCCUUUUGGUUUGUUCUUUAUUUACUCUAUUUUUGUGUGUCCUAGUCAUAGAAAAUAUCAUUUUAAGAUUUCCCUUUGAUUAAAGGGUUCCCUAUGACGAUGAAUGACUCAAAAUACAAAAAUAUACCCAUCUAACCUGACAAACCUCCUCUCAAUUUUUAGGCCGAGUCCAACAUGAAUGACCUAGUGUCUGAGUACCAGCAGUACCAGGACGCCACGGCCGAGGAGGAAGGAGAAUACGACGAGGACGAAGGCGACGACGAAGAGGAAGCCGAGUAAAUAUCGACUCCACAUCGAUUUGAGUAACGCUGACAUGCAAAAACUUCUUUAAGAUUUAAGCGGAAGAAAUCUCUUUAUAGCGCUUGCGAGUUCUGUUUGCUCGCACUCUAGCCUGUUUGUACUCUGGCCUACGUGUAGUCGUACCCUCCCCUCCAAGAAGAACGUUUCUCUUUAGGAUGAGGGGGGGGAGGUGCUGCGGCUACACGUAGGCUAAUAGUAUUCUUGAUCUAGCUUUUAUGACCCUUUAACCCCCUUUACUGACCGCGACAGAAAUUCUCCUUACAAUAUCAAUACAGUAUCAAGCAGACAAGAGAUGAGGAUAGAGAAUAAUAUCAGUUAGGGGAUAAUGAGUUGAUCCAAUACCAAAUUCUCCAUACUAAAAUCACAAGAGCUGUAUGACAAAAAGUAAGGAGAAUUACUGAUGAGAUCUUGGGAGUUAAAGGGUUAAUGCUUCAAUCAGUCUUUGAUAAAAAGAUUGUCUAUUGGUAUUGUUUUUAUUGAGGUUGUCGUUACUAACAAUUCCCUAACUUAAACUUAACUUUAAAGCCCUAAUUUUAAUUGACAAAAUGACAAAUGGUGUCUUAAGGAUUUGUAGAAUCAGUGCUCAGCUCUAACACUUGAUUUUUUUUAAUUUCUAAAUUAAAAUGGGAAUCGUCUAAUAAAAUAGAAGAGACACUAAUUAAGAAUUUCGAUAUGGGAAGUAAAUCUUCAAUUUAAAUCAACAAGCUAGGAUCUGAAUUUAUCAGAACUAACACGAAUAUGACUAUGAUCAUGAUUAUUUUUUGUGAGAUUUAAAUUAUCUCUUUGAUCGAAAAUAGCUUUCUCUUGACUUCUUGAAGAAAACAAGAUUAAAGGAAUCAAAGUCUUAAGCAUCAGGAAGGUUUGUCUGAA